AUGAACUUGGCAAGAGCUGGGCACCUUCGCUCCCCUCCGCAGCCCAGUCCCCUAAGCUCCGACCAGGAUGAGGUUGAGAUCGACGUGCUGGCAGAGGAGGAAGAUGGAGACCAGACGGAGGACGACGAGAAGGCGGAGGAGAUAAGCCAGAAGUGCCUGGAGCCGCCGCUGCCGGGGCCCGGAGCCCGCACGCUUCCCCGGAGGAGCGCGGGGGACCGCGGCAGCCUGAGCACCUCCUCGGGAUUCAUCCGUAAGUUCCGAGCGCCGCGGACAGCCGCGACCGCCGCAGCCGACGGCCCGCAGCCCGCCAAGCCGCCGUACUCCUACAUCGCGCUCAUCACCAUGGCCAUCCUGCAGAGCCCGCACAAGCGCCUGACGCUCAGCGGCAUCUGCGCCUUCAUCAGCGGCCGCUUCCCCUAUUACCGCCGCAAGUUCCCCGCCUGGCAGAACAGCAUCCGCCACAACCUGUCGCUCAACGACUGCUUCGUCAAAAUCCCCCGCGAGCCCGGCCACCCGGGCAAGGGCAACUACUGGAGCCUGGACCCAGCCUCCCAGGACAUGUUCGAUAACGGCAGCUUCCUCCGGCGCAGGAAGCGCUUCAAGCGCCACCACCCGCCCCCGGGAGGCCCCCCGCAAGGCCCCUUCCCUCUGCCCGCUGUGCCCGCCACCCUGCACGUCUCCCACCCCAGCCUCCUGUUCCGCUACUCUGCCCCGCCGCAGCCUGGCCUCGGAGCCCAUCCUGCCGCCCCGCCCGGGAGCCGCCCGUGCGCGCCGCUGCACCCGCAUCCGCUCCGCUACCUACUGCUCGCCGCCCCCGCCUACGCCGAAGCGCCCAGAAAAGCCGAAGAGGCGGACCCGGCUACACCCCGCGCCAUUCCCGCGCUGCAACCCGUCCUGGGUUCCCAGCCUUGGGACGGGGAGGAGGGCUCCGGAUCUCGGCCCGGACCUGGGUGUACCUCGUUCACCAUCGAGAGUAUCAUGCAAGGGGUGAGAGGAGGAGGAGGAACCGGGGCUGCUCAGAGUCCGCCCUCCGCUCCGUGGAGCUACUGCCACCUGCUGCAGCACCGGUCGUGCCUGCUGCACCCCCAGGCCGUUUCCCCUUUGCUGCAAGUGUCCGCUGCCGCCCGGACAAUGCUGCAGCAGGAGCCUCAGCAGGAGCAGCAGCAGCAGCAGCACUGUGCCCGGAGCUGCGCUCCAGGUAAAGGCAUGCGCCUGGGCCGACACCUGUCGGCCGUUGCGGCGCUGCUGAGGCAUCAGCCUGCGGCCGAGGACUGCAGGCUGACAACUCUGGCCGCUCUUUCCGGCAGAGAGGGGACCUUGCCUGCAUUUUAAACAACAUCCGCGCCCAGCCUCCAGGCUGAUUCACCCUGGCACACCUGGAGCCAAGUGGCAGGGUGGAACCACUCGCUGUCUGGGUUUGCACCCCACGCCUGCUAGGCUUGUGCGUGGAAAACCAGCAGCGGAGCAUGCACUAAGUCCCGCCAAACUGUUACUACUGUGUUCUGCUCCCUUGGUGACCCGAACGCAGGGAAAUCUGGGGGCUUCAAGUCUCGCUUGUCCGCUUCAGUUGUGGCUUCCUCGGCUUUUCCGAUUUGCAUACUUCCUGGGGACCUAUGAACUAUGAACGUGAGUGAGAUGUUUCGUUGUUAAUAAAAACAGAACAGCUGGCAACACAAAAACACUUCCCCCAUCUUCAUUCCCUAGGGACUGCAAGUGU